CCGCUACCACCACCAGCCUGAGCCACCUCCGCUCCCAUGGUCCCACCGGCCACCUCCAGCCGUGAGCCGCCUCCGCUGAUUUUGGUCCAAAGGUAUUUGUGGGCAUAGAUUUGAUUUUUAACAAUCAAAUCUAUUUAUUAGUCAUGGGAUCUCUGGGUGGCUAAUCCCUGGCAAAAUCUUCCCUCUUGACAUUUGACCGGCAGGUACGACCGUGCAUACACCAGGCUGGUCCGAGCCUAGGUCUAAGCAGGGCUUAACCUGACCGAACCCGGAGUUUCUGGCCGUCAUGCUCGGACACCCUAAUUAAAUACUACUAAAGGUGAACACACUUGCAGUAACAUGUGUUUGGACAAAUUCGAUCCUUGAACUAAGAAGGGCAACCAUCAAUGGAGGAGCCCUCAUUUCUUGAUCGAAUGAUCUCUCACCUUCGAUCAACAAGCAAGUACUACACUGGAUAUCCAAAAGACUUAGGACCUUCGAGAGUUAUUCAUUUUACCUCUGAGCGUCAGUUUGUUCAGCAGCUGCACGAAGGUCGCCCUAUGGUUGUUGCAUUUACUAUAAGGUGCUCUUAUACAAAACAUCUUGAUAAAGUGUUGGAAGAGGCUGCUGCAGAGUUUUAUCCACAUAUAAAAUUCAUGCGGGUCGAGUGUCCCAAGUAUCCAGGAUUUUGCAUAACAAGGCAAAGGAAAGAGUAUCCGUUCAUUGAGAUAUUUCAUAGUCCAGAACAAGCAGCCAGCCAAGGAAAAGUUGCAGAUCCAAACAUUACAAAGUACUCUGUGAAAGUGUUGCCUUUUAAUUAUGAUCAAAGUUCAUAUGGGUUUCGGGAAUUCUUCAAGCGUCACGGGAUACAUGUACCGACUAGCAAAUGAAGUGCUUCUUGUCAGUAACCUCAAAUAAACCAUUACCAAUUAUCUUGAGGCCAGCAAUUGCAUCUCUCUUGUACAUCAAAGAGUUUAUCUGAAAAUUUGUAUUUGAUUGUGAUUGAGCUUUAGGAUUGAAAAGGAUGGAAUGCUGUAUAAACUAUAAAACGCUUUUACACAGCUGGGACUUAAUGUGGAACGUCGCAAUAUGUAGUAGUUUUCAGGGCUAGUCACGUACUCAUGUUCAGUUUUAAGAUGAGAUUGUUCGUUUUCUAAAGGAUUCUGGAAAUGAGCAGGGAAUUAACAGAUC